GGGGGGGGGACGCGGAGGCCGCGCGCCCCCGCAGUGUGCUGCCCCCGGGGCCAGGCAGGAGUUUGGGGGGGGUCGGGGCUCACUCGCUUCGAAGCGGCGGCGCUUUCGCUUUCGGUUCCCGGCGGUGGGGCGGCGGCGCCGAGGCUGUCCGGCUCGGUCCGCUGCCCGGCCUCCGCUGAGACCCCACGCACGGGGAUGCUAACGGGGACCGGGUGCGGGGCACCCGCCUGCGCGGCGCGUCUGGGCCGCGGUGUCCUGGUGUCGAGCCGCGGCUGGAAGUUGGUCACACUCGGGAAGGGGGAAUCCGCAGCUCUCGGCGUUCUCAGAACGCUGUAGUAUAUGACAGGAAGAAAGCAACAACAGCAAAAUGAAAACAAAACAACAUUAAAAAGAAGUCCCCAGAGAGAAGUUGGGCCGUGAAUAUCACAGGAAGCAUAUGCUAUGCCAUCCUCCAUGCGUGCUGUAAUGAUACCUCAUUACCUCGGCUGGGGGCUGGGACUGCCUGGUACGCGUUACCAUCCCCGAAGGUGCGGCUUUCACCAUCUCCUCGGGCAGCAGCAGCCUCACAGGGCCUCUCCUUCCUGUACUGAUGACUUAAAAGCUGUUCAUAGAACAAAAAUUUGAAUGCUAAUAAAAUCUCUUCCUACUUCCUGUUUUUUCCUUGAAGUGAACUGCACAGUGUGCUGUCAACACAGUCUGUAUGACCAUUGGGUUUGCUUUCACAAUUAUUUUUACCAAAACCAACACUCUUCAUCUUCGUUUUCAGAAGAAUGCAUUGUUUUGCUGCAUCCAGGCUGUGACGCUUCAUUUUCUUUGCAAGUUACAUUGAAGUCUUAUGGCAGCAAGGGCACGUAUCCUGAAGCUAUUAAGGAUUUAUUCUUAGGUUAUUAUUAUUUUUUUUCUUUUCGGUCUGUUGGCUGUCAGGAGGUCCCAGGGCAUUAGGAAACUGCAUCAUAAGGCACGUCAAGGUAGGAGAGGUUGACAUCAGCCAAAUAAAGACUGAGGCUUAGGUAAGGCAUGUAUAAUUUGCUAUGUUUUACUAACUAAAACUUAAACUGCACUCCUGGAUUCCGUGGAGGAUCAAGGCACACUCAUUUCGAGGCCUUCAGCUUCUGGCAGGAGGAAUUAAUUAUCCAUCCUCCCAAAGCAAGAUAUAUCAGUGCUGUUAUUAGUGCUCUUUCCAGCUGUGCAGGUACCAUUUCUUUUUUGAAUACAACCCCACAAUGUCCAUCUAAACUCCUGCCUGAUUUUCAGUCUGUUCUUUGGCACAGAAUACAGAUGAUGUCCUCGGUCAUGACAAAAAAUGAAGGGUUUCAUGGAUUGGAGAUGACCUUAAAUCCUCCAGCAGGAUAGUUUUUCAAGAUGAACUUUCUGUCAUUUCUGAGGUCAAUACCUAUUUGCUACUACUGUCACUAAGAUCAGCUGAGAGGUUUCUGCUUUGGAUUCCUGGAACUGAAUUGUCAGGGAUUGGUGGCAGGGUUUUCUAAGCAGUGAUCUGUCUGUUGACAGAUUGCCAGGGCUGAAGUCUGGUUGCCUGCAAGACACAGUGGCAUAGAGGGCUUCCAUGAUGGAUGAGACUUCGGACGAACCUCCCACUUCCGCUGUCCUCUUAGACAACUGCCACUUCUCCCAGGUCAUCUUUAACAAUGUGGAGAAGUUUUAUGUUCCUGGAGGAGAUGUAAUCUGUUAUUAUACUCUCACACACAACAUAGUUCCUCGUGGGAAGGACUGGGUGGGCAUCUUCCGGGUGGGAUGGAAAACAACCCGGGAAUAUUACACAUUCAUGUGGGCUCCUCUGCCCGGUGAUGUCCAUGGUGAUACCGCUGUGCAGCAACAGAUCCAGUUCAAAGCUUACUACCUACCGAAGGAUGAUGAAUACUACCAGUUCUGCUACAUCGACCAGAAUGGUGUGGUACGUGGAGCCAGUGUUCCUUUCCAGUUCAGAGCAGAGACUGAGGAUGAUAUCCUGGUGGUAACCACACAGGGAGAAGUGGAAGAGAUUGAACUACAAAACAAAAAUUUGCUUAAAGAAAAUGAGGAGCUGCAAGCAACCUGCGCAAGUCUCCAGAAACAAAACACGGAACUGCAAGAAGAGCUCAAGAAGACACAGGAGCUGCAGAAUGGUUUAGAGUCUCUUAGGAGCAGCACAGAAAAACUGGAGCUGGAGCUGAAUUCCCUGAAAAAGGAAAAUAAACAUCUAAAAGAGCUGGAUGAGUGCAGAGAGGCAGAACUGCACCAAUUCAAAGAGCAAAUUCAGAAUAUGACCUCUGAAAAGGUAUGCUUGGAAACCAGAUUGAAAACAGCCCUGGAUCACAUGGAUCAGCUGCAGUCUCAAGAGUUGAAUUAUGAGAAGGAAAUGGAAAACCUGGUUCGUAUGGACCAUGACAAGACUGAGCAGCUUGAAAGUUUAAAGGAAGAGAAUAGUCAGUUAUGCAUGACUAUAACUCAACAGAAAGAGCAAAAGAAGGAGCUUGAACAUCACUUGGAGAACUUGAAAGGGACAGAGGCCAACUUGUCACUUCGUCUGCAGAAUGAGCAGCAACAAAACAGGGACUUAAUGAAAGAACUUGAAGAGCAGAGGCAUUUGUUUCAGAUUUUGCAAGCAAAAAAGAAUGAAUCUGAUGAGGAAAAACAGAAACUGAGGGAAGAGAAUGAUACCCUUCUGAGGCAUCUCUCUCAGGCUAGAGAUGUUUCUUCUUUCUCUGCUGUUUCACAAGCUCAGGCCCCAGUUCCAGCUCCUGAAGCAGGAUGCCUUGUGUUUGGUAAUCCAUAUUAUGCUGCAGAAGCAAACCUGGAGUCAAGAGCUGCCAGAACAGAUUCUAUAAGGAAAUACCCCAUGUGUGAUGACAUAUUUCCUGAAGAUAUUGAAGCAAGUGACUAUGAGGCCCAUGUGCAGAGCCAUCUUCUGGAGUGCCCACUCUGCAAUGAGACCUUUGAAAAGUCCAAUCAGCAGGUGUUUGAUGACCAUAUUUUUUGUCAUGGCCUGGAAUAAUUCUGAAUUCCUAUCUGUUCUGUAGAAUAGAUGGCAGAGGCCACAGGAUAGAAUAGAGCAAAAGUAUUCUAUAGACUUGAUUCAUACUAAUAAGAUCAACCUGACAAAACUGCAUAUGCUACUAGUGCUGUGAUUCUGAGCUUUCUGUUCCAUGCAAUAUGUGCAUAAUUGGGUCAAAUAUCCAUAUCCUGAAAUUGAAUUGUCAUCAACUUAAGUCCUCCAUCUUGGAUCAAAUAUAUGUGCUUUUUAAAUGAGUCACAAAUCCUAUCAUUAGUAAAGUAGUUGAAUAUGGUACCAGUUCUUUAUAACAGGAUUGUCUAUGUAGCUGUUCAUCUAGGUAGGGCCAAAUAAUAGAUGUAACAGUUUUCUGUACUUGGCUGAUAUAUCACUAUUAUAACAAUUUUAUUCUUCAGUAUAGCACUGUGAUUGCUAACCAAAGACAAGAAACAUUGCGUAGUCUUUUAGGAUCACACCUUCAGUCCAGCUCAGCUUCUGGAAUGCUGAUUUAAUUGCUAAUAAAUAUAAAAGUCUUAAUGAAAAUACAUUUUACUUUCUUUUGUCAUCAGUCAUAGAACAAGUGAAAUAUAUAAAGAGACUAAAUACCUGUUUCUAGAUCUAAAGGUCUAGGGCUCUUCUUACAGCGAAGUAGGCAAUAUAGCUUGUAGAACAAGGUGCAUGCACUGUUUUCCCUUUUCUCUAUAUGACCAGACUUAAAAUGGUGAUAAACUGUGCUUGUGCAAUCACUCUGACACUGUCAUGCCUCCAUCUCAUAAUGAAGGAACCCUGAAAUUUCUGAAACAGGAAAGGUCAGCAUGGCAUGGAGCCCAUAGGAAAGCAGUAGCUGAGUUUUCUUAACAGUGGUGAGGAUAAAUGGCCUCUUAGUCUUGAAACUGGGCAUCCUCAUUUAAAGGAAGUGAUGAAUCUGAAUUAUUUCUCUUUUAUGUUUCUAAACCUUAUUGAUUUAAGAAGAAGAGCUUAUUCUGAAACCAAAACAUUGAUUCAAAACUGCUAAGUGCCUUGGAAUAUUACAGUACUUUGUGAAUAGAUUAUCCAGUUACUAUUUUUAUUUCUGCCUUGGGAUUUUCAAGUUGUGAUUAACAGUUAUUUAGUCUGUGCAAACAUAAAUGGGUGAAAUUUUAUUAUCCAGCUGUAUUAGACUGGAUUUUCUGCUGAAUAUCUGAAGCAAUAGAAAAUCCUAAGAAGUUUACGUAGAGUUUUAAGACUAAUAAGAGUAAGAAAGACUUCAAAAUGUUUUACUGUUUUGUUUAUACAUAUUUUUUUAUCAACCUAGGUUUAAAUAGAGUAUUUCUGUCUUUAAGAUGUACUAUACUGGAAAGCAUUUUUUUUUUAAAUUGUAACAGAAAAUAGGAGUUGUUAAAAAUAAAAACUGUACUGA